AUGAAUUCAGAACAAAGUGUGGGGAAGAAGAGUUGGCUACCAUUUAAUCUUUCCCAUUCCGCUCGAAGGAGAAGAGCCCGAUCCCGAGGAUGUCCUCCAAAUUCUGCCCAACGUUUACAUACACCAGCUUUUAACGAUUUUUGUUAUCUUCUUGUAAAACUCUGUCGAGCCCAGAAUGUUCCAAUGAGCAGUAAAAAGCGUCUUGCAAGAAUUGCAUGCAAAUUAAUAGCUCUGCAUUUGAAAGAAUAUUACAAAGAAGAAGUCAAAUAUUGUAAUUUUGUCAUAACAUUUUCCAUCCGGUUGAUUGGAUUUUUUAAAGUGACACAUUCUUGUUUGGUUGCUAAUGUUCAUAAUAAAGAAAAAGGCACAAGGUGUCUAUUUUAUUUCAAAACUUCAUUGCUUGGUGGUGGAAAUGCGCAAACAGAGACUGGAACAAGCUUCGUCCAUCACCAGAUCACUGUGAAUAUUGGGGAGGACGUGGCAGACAAGGUAGUAACAUUUGCUAAAAGAUGCUGUCAAACUGUUUGCGUACUUUCUGCUAUGGGUUCCUUAUCAAGUGUUGUCCUUCGCAUUCCAUGUACUGAUAUUGUGAAGUGGGAGGGGCACAUUGGAAUUUUGUCACUAUCUGGAAAAUAUACCUUCAACCCUGGUGAGGAUGAUGCACAUGACGUGCAUAACUGGUUGAACCUUUCACUAACUCAUCAUAAUGGAAAUAUUUUUGGAGGUUCAGUUUGUGGUCCAAUGAUUGCGGCAACCCCUGUUUAUUUAAGUCUUGCCAGUUUCAAAUUAAAAAGUACGAAAAAAAUGAGAUGGGACGUAGCUGAGUCUGCUGUCGAAUAUCCAAUGGAAGGCGGCAAACAGAGUGGCCAUUCACCAACAUCUGGACUUUUUCCAACUACUGAUAAACUACCAGAGAGUGACACUCGUAAACAACAAAAGAAAGUGUGUUCUGAAACAACUGGUGAACCACAAGAGGAACCUAGUUCUGAAACAACUGAUUAA